AUGAUAAAUCAGCGUGAUGAUCUCUCGCCGCGGAGCCUCGCACCUCCGGACCUCUCAAAGCCUUCUCCUGCCUCUUCCCAUCGAGACCACGCAGCAGCGGCCACGCAGAGUCCGCAAGAGUCCGGGAAACGGUUGUCUGAGGUCUACCGAGAAAGGACAUCGACAUACGAAGUGGUUGACCAGCUAUUCAGGGAACACAAUUCUACAGUGAGACUGAGUCAUACUGUCCACGCGAUUCCUGGGGGCAGUCCUGAUGCACGGUCUCACGAUGCCAGCGGUCAUUAUACCUCCAUACAAGAUGUGCUUGGAUCCGACCUACCUCCUUCUCACGUCAUCGAGUUUUGUCUGGAAAGUUACCUGGAUGCUGUGCAUUGGUUCAUGAUCUUGUUCCAUGAACCAUCGCUCAGAGCCGGCAUCCAGGAUCUCAAAACGGCAGGUUUCGUCCGUGCAGAUCAGGUCUCCUUCCUCAUCCUCGUUGCGCUGGUCAUUGCCGUCGGUGCAAAGUAUGUCACCAAGCAGGAUGCCGAAGAACGAUGUCCAGGCUUCGAUCUCGACGGUCUUGGAACCAGGUUUAUUCGCAGGGCCGAGGAGCGAAUACUGGACGUCUUUGAUGAAGGUCACAUUGAGGCAAUUCAGAUUGCAAUUAUUCUGUCAUCAUACUACAUCUACCAUAGCCGGCCGAAUCGUAGUCUCGCCUUGAACGGGAGUGCCCAGAAACUAGCGUUCAGCAUGGGACUUCACAAGGAAUCGAGCUGGAAAAUGCAGGACCCUGUCGUCCGAGAAGUUUGGCGCCGGUUGUGCUGGGCGCUCUACACGGCAGAGGUCUUUGGUGCUAUGAGCUUUGGAACCCCAUGCAACGUCUAUGACGGCGACUGGACUGUCUCCUUCCCGGGUAACAUCGACGAUACCUCCGUAACUUGCCCGGGCUUUGAUUCUAUCGAAACGUACGACGGAGAGUCCUUCGGACCCGUAACAAUAGCCUCGUAUCAGAGAUACAAGUUCCGGCUUUACCGCAUUGCCUCCUCCAUUACCCGGAAUAUCUACCUACGAAGUGGAGCAACUCUCUCUGAAGUAGUGGGUGAGAUUAAAGCGAUCAAUCAGUGCCUCCUGAGGUGGGAGAAAUGCGUCCCUCGGGAACUGCGGCUGAAGUACUUGAAGUUCGACAGUGCUGAGAAGAAUGUGCAACAGACCGCCAGGAUUUUCCAGCUUCAGGCCCUUGCACUGCAGCUUUCGUACGACAACAUCCAAUUGGUGCUUCACCGACCGUUACUCACGAUCAACCGGGUGCCGCGUUGGCCUUCAGAUGGACCACAAGUCAAUGUUGAUGGUGGCCAAGGCGUGGCUGUCACUUCGACCGAGGAUUUGGAUUCUAUCAUCAAAACUAGCAAAUACCAUUGCUGGGUGUCUUCAAUGAGCACUUCGAAGAUUGGAGAGUACUCUGAAAUCCUCACGACUUUGCAGAACACUCACGGAGCGGCCUACGUUGGCAUCCAGUCGUUCACGGCUGGCGUGGUACUCGGCAUCUUUGCACUGUCAGACCCACUCUCCGAUCAGGCUCACCAAGCAAAACGCGCAGUGAGCAGAAUCAUCAAGCUUCCUCGGUUGCAUCGAUUUCGAACUGCGGUAUCCGAUCAAUGCGGGGCGAUCUUGGAGGAACUCGUCCGGUUGAUACUCGCCGAGGAGAUGAAAGCUUUACUAAAUGAGUCCGAGCCAUCUCGAGAAGGCAACGCACCAAGCAGACUCCCAGACGACUCCGCAGGUGCUAAUGGCGAUGCCGCUCCUCUGCUCGACGGAGACGAUGUUACCAUGCAAGCCCCAGAACCCAGUGAUGGGAGCGUAGCGGAUGUUUUUGAACUGUUUUCCCAUGAAACACUCGAGCUACCCCGGGACAUUGCUUCUGGAAACUUCAGCGAUGCUUUGGUUUCGUUGCAAGAUGGUAAGGUCUUCCGUCACUAUCCUCAUUUCGUGCUGAUCGAUCGCAGUGUUUCGAGAUGGGCGGAACAACCUCAAUAA